AUGGCGGCCUUCCCUCAAGGGAUCGAUGGCCACCUCAGGGGGGCAACAGCUGCCCCGGGGCACACGGGAUGGCCGCUUUCCCCUCAGGGCCACCGGCUGGCCUCGCGUGAUGUCCUUGCACUGCCGAUCUUCAAGCAGGAAGAACCACAGCUGUCUCCUGAGAAUGAAGCCAAACUGCCUCCAUUUCAAUAUGUUCUCUGCACAGCUACGUCACCUGCUGUGAAACUGCAUGAAGAAACCCUGACCUACCUCAAUCAAGGUCAGUCUUAUGAAAUCCGUCUACUUGAGAAUAGGAAAUUGGGAGAGUUUCAAGAUUUAAACACAAAAUAUGUAAAGAGCAUAAUUCGUGUAGUUUUCCACGAUCGACGCCUGCAGUACACAGAACAUCAACAACUAGAGGGCUGGAGGUGGAGUCGGCCUGGGGACCGCAUCCUUGAUAUAGAUAUUCCACUGUCAGUUGGUAUCUUGGAUCCCAGGGCCAGCCCAACCCAGUUGAAUACUGUUGAAUUUCUGUGGGAUCCAUCAAAGAGAGCCUCAGCAUUCAUUCAAGUACAUUGCAUCAGCACAGAAUUUACUCCACGGAAACAUGGAGGAGAGAAAGGGGUGCCCUUCCGGGUGCAAAUCGACACCUUUAAACAGAAUGAAAAUGGUGAAUACACAGAACACUUGCAUUCUGCAAGCUGCCAGAUCAAAGUGUUCAAGCCUAAAGGAGCAGACCGAAAACAGAAGACUGACAGGGAGAAAAUGGAGAAGAAGACCACCCAAGAGAAGGAGAAGUAUCAGCCUUCCUAUGAGACAACCAUUCUCACGGAGUGCUCUCCCUGGCCAGAUGUGCCUUAUCAAAUGAACAACGCUCCAUCUCCAAGCUACAACAGUUCUCCAAACAGCUUCAACCUUGGAGAUGGCAACAGUUCUCCAACCCACCAAGUGGAGCUCCUGCCUCCCAGCAAUGAUCAUCUCCUUCCUUCUGCUUCUAUUCAAGAUGCCCAGCAGUGGCUACAUCGUAAUAGGUUUUCUCCAUUCUGUAGACUCUUCUCAAGUUUCUCGGGUGCUGACUUACUGAAGAUGUCCAAAGAAGAUUUUGUUCAAAUCUGUGGGCCUGCUGAUGGAAUUCGGCUCUUUAAUGCAAUCAAAGGAAGAAAUGUAAGGCCCAAGAUGACAAUUUAUGUCUGUCAAGAACCGGAGCAAAACAGGUCCCAUCUUCACCAAAAACGAGAGAAUGGAGACGGCAGUCUGUGUGUAUAUCAUGCAAUCUUCUUGGAAGAGCUGACCACCCUGGAAUUAGUGGAGAAGAUUGCAAACUUGUACAGCAUUUCUCCACAGCAGAUAAACAGAAUCUAUCGGCAGGGACCCACAGGGAUCCAUGUGUUAGUGAGUAAUGAGAUGGUGCAAAACUUCCAAGAUGAAUCUUGUUUUGUUAUCAGCACAUUAAAAGCUGAAAGCAAUGAUGGCUACCACAUCAUUUUAAAAUGACCAUGCUGCGUAGAAAGACUUUAACAGCCUAAAAUUUAGUGCCUCACUGAGAUUGCUACAACCUAGACUGGAAACAUGAAGAACCUUUUGGAUAAAACGCUCCUUUGACCUAAGAAUUACCAAACAGCUUCAGGCAAAACUUGCUUUUACAGAUACACAUUUUGGGGUUUUGUUUUGUUUUGUUUUUUGUUUUAUUUUGGUUUUUUGUUUUGUUUUGUUUUUAUUUUUUUUUGGAAGCUGGAGCUGAGAACAUCCUCAAAGCUUGUACAAGUUUCUUCCUCCCUCCCUUCCUCUCCAGACUUGAAAAUUGUUGAGGUUUCUGCUUAUUGCUUAGAAACGUCUGAUAACUAAAGAUAAACAAAACCCAAUUCUCUAGACCCCUCGUGGUUGGGUGAAUUGAUUUAUUUACAGUUCUGAGUGCUCUCCUGCUUUCAACACACACCCUGUUGCUGAUGAACUUAGGCUCCCUGGGGCUCCUCUUUUUACUCUCUUUGAGAUGGAGGGCUUGGGGCUGAAUCCAGGGGCAGAAUAGGCAAUGUGGAAGUUGGAUUUGGUGCCCAGUCCUCACCCAAAGUGUCUACCCUGGAAGUCCACACUUAGCUGCUGCCUCCCUGUAGAUGUGCUCAAACUCUGUAAGGAGAGAAUGGAUACCUGUACAACAGGAUAAUUUUGCAUGGUUCAGGGGAGGACAGACAACCUGAAGCAAGCAGUUCAUUACUGUACUGUAGCUUUGGAAUGAAGCUUGAAUGGCAUGUACAACAGCUUUCUGAGGAAAUGUUUUGAAUGUUGAAAGCUAUAGAGCUCAUGAAAAAUUCAUGCUAUGGAUUUGUUCUACUCAACAAAGCAUUAAUUAAUUGCUAUUUUUGCUCUAACUGGGGAUUAGGUUUUAUGGUCUUCAUGAUUUUCUCCUCCUAUUACUUACUCAAGUAAGUCGAAAAAAGUUUUGACUGAGUUCAGGUAAUGGAAAAUCUUAGUUGCUGCUUCGUACGUUGUUGCUAUUUCACUCUUGGCUCCUGUUUCAAAUAUCUACAACUACAGUCAACUCCACCCUCUCUUGGUGUCUUGGAAUGCCAUCCAGGCUUCAUUAAGCUGAAAAAGUGGCUUCUACUGAUGUCAAAGGCAAAAUGCAUCACACCCUUCUUGUACAGGUGGAGUCAUUUCAAUUUUGGCAGCUGAUUAAUGAGGCUGUCUCCCAAACUGAAUGUCCAUCUAGCAUGAAAUUCUGCUACUUGAACAUUUCAUUUUUCCCUGAAUUGAGAUGGAAAGCUGGAAUAUCAAAAAUUUUCUUGGAAAGGAAAUCCUUCUCUCCUCCCACCCCCCCCCCAAAAAAAAAUUGUUGGAAAAUGCUGAACAAAAUGUUCUAGCGUUUCAGAAUGGAAACAUUUGAUUAAAUCCAUUUGACUCUUAAAAUAGCGUCAGUUUGAGCUACUGUUGCAGACCUCAGAAAUCACCGUUGAAGUGCUUCGUGCUCCAUGUCUUCCCUGAGGCUGAGUUCUCUGGCUGGACUACAGAUCCCAUGAUGCACUACUGUGGGUUAGUCAAAGAGGGAAUGCGUCAGGAAAGCUGGAGGGAUGCCUGGGAGUCCAGCCUUCUGGGAAAGAUGGGGACAUGCAGCAGCUGAAUUACAGCUCCCAGCUGACACUGGAGGAAUUCUGACAGACACAGAUUAAUAUUUAUCUGACCGAAAUGAAAUGUUUCAAGUUUUCUCCGCAGAAAUAAACAGCAAAAUAUUGAGGAAAAGCAACCUUUUUUUCAUUAAAAGCAUCAAGUUUUGUGCAAAAACCCACCCACUCCCAUUUUUUUUUUUACACUAAAAAUAAUACUAGAAUAGAAAAAUUGUGUUACAAUGGGAAAACCUCCAGCCAACUUGGCUAAUUGAGUAACAUUGCGUACUUGGGCACGAUCUUGCUCAACUGGCUGUCCUGGAUGCUCCAUGAAUCGUAGCAUUUAUCCAGAAAAUACGGAAAAUAUGGAUAGCCCAGGCUGUGGAAGAUGGUGAUUCCUGACGCAAAGGAGUUUGAGGCUGCAGUAGGCUUUAUGGGA